AUGCCGUCGCCCGCGGGCACGCCGCGUGUCUCACACCACCCGCACGCCUGCGCAUCUGAACCCGGCUGCAAGGCCAUGCCUUGUUCGCCGACGUUCACUGCCCAAUGCCACCAGACCUUGGCCGGCAACACCUCCGAGGGACCUAACUUCAGGUACCGCCUCCUUCGCAAGGCGCAAUCCCCAACAGCACUCACCCUCUCACUUGCAACUAUGAAAGUUCUAGCUGCAACCCGUUCGCGUCCAGUUGCAACAUCAAACCUUCUCUACGCAGCAUUGCUUUUGCCGACGGUACUGUACCUCGCUGUCAACCGCCGCCGGCGCACCACCAGCCGCUUGCCGCCCGGCCCUAGGGGCGUCCCGCUCUUAGGAAGCCUCCCUUUCAUCGACCGGAACCUGCACACCUACUUCGCCGGCCUCGCCGCGAAGCAUGGGCCUGUCCUCUCCAUCCGCCUCGGCUCCAAAGUGGAAAUCGUGGUCACCUCCCCGGAGCUGGCCAGCGAGGUGCUCCGGGACAAGGACCCCAUCUUCGCCAACCGAGUCAUGCCGGAGGCCGGCAACGCCAUCUCCUUUGGCGGCGAGAAGAACAUCGUGGGCAACCCGGUCGGUCCCAAGUGGCGCCUGCUUCGUCGCGUUUGCGUGCACGACAUGUUGAGCCCGGCGGGGCUCGAUGGCGUGCACAGCCUCCGCAGGCGCGAGUUCAGGUCCACCCUGCGCUACCUCCACUCCAGGUCGGGAGAAGCGGUCGACAUCGGCGCACAAAUGUUCCUCAACACUAUGAACGUGAUCACGAGCACCAUGUGGGGGGGCACCAUUGGGAGCGACAGCGAGCGGGCUGCCAUAGGGCAUGAGUUCAGGGAGCUUGUCGCGGGGAUCACUGAGCUGCUCGGCUCGCCCAACGUGUCCGACUUCUUCCCGGCGCUGGCGCCUUUCGACCUGCAGGGCGUCAACAGGAAGAUGGGGAGAUUCAGGGAGAAGUUCGACCUGAUGUUCGCCAGGAUCAUACAGCAGCGAGUUGAGGCCCAGCAAGACGGGGGCGACACGGUUGCAGACUUCCUGGAUACCAUGCUCAAGAUGGAGAGGGAAGGCGGCGACGGCAAAGCCUCCUUCACCAUGAAUAACGUCAAAUCUCUCCUCCUGGAUAUGGUAGUCGGCGGGACGGAGACCACGUCCAACACCGUGGAAUGGGCCAUGGCCGAGAUGAUGCAGAACCCUCAAUCUCUGAAGAGAGCCCAGAACGAGCUCGACAUGGUCGUCGGACGAGAUGCCAUCGUGGAGGAGUCCCACCUUUCUCAGCUCCACUACCUCCGCAUGGUGGUCAAGGAAACGCUCCGGCUGCACCCGCCGCUUCCCCUCAUGGUGCCGCACUGCCCGAGCACCGACUCCACUGUUGGCGGCUACCACAUCCCCGAGGGCAGCCGCGUGUUCGUCAACGUAUGGGCCAUCCAGAGGAACCCCCUGGUCUGGAACGAGCCCCUUGAAUUCAACCCGGAGAGGUUCGCCGGAGACGACGUCGACGGUCCCAAGUGGGACUUCACGGGCAACCAGUUUGACUACUUCCCAUUCGGGUCCGGGAGGAGAAUUUGUGCGGGAAUCGCCAUGGCGGAUAAGAUGACUUUGUACUCGCUAGCCAUGCUGCUGCAAGGGUUCGACUGGAAGCUACCGGAGGGCACCCAGAUUGACCUAUCCGAGAAAUUCGGGAUUGUGAUGAAGAAAGCCACACCCCUGGUGGCCAUACCGACGCCAAGGUUGUCUAAGCCUGACUUGUACUAUUCGUGA